UGUGGGCCGGCCCACCGGGCGCCACAUCCGGGGCCCGCGCGGUUGCCAUGGCAGCGGGGUCGCGGCGGGCGCGCGCACGGGUCUUGGGGUUGCGGGCGGACCGGCGGCCCGCGGCGCCUCAGAACCGGACCGCCGCGCCGCAGCGCCGCAGCCCCGCAGCCAUGUCGCUGGGCACCGGGGACCCGGCCUCGGAGACGGGAGAUGACAGUCUGUCUGCGAUUACCUUCGACUCCGACUGUGAGACGAAAACAAAGAGGAAAAGUGCCCACAAACCUCCACCCACCUCGCCCAAGUCGCCGUACCACUGCAAGCCCAGGACCCCGGCCUGCGGGCGGCCCCCGAGGACGGCGGCGAGCAUGCCCCUGGGGAGCAGGACGGCGCUGACGCCGCAGAGGCUGUGGCUGGGAAGUGCCAAGCAAGGUCACUCCCCGGGGACGCCGGUCUAUAGAGAGAAGGAGGACAUGUAUGACGAGAUCAUGGACUUGAAGAAGUCACUGCACAUUCAGAGAAGCGACGCGGACCUGCUGAGGACGAAGCUCCGGCGCCUGGAGGAGGAGAACAGCCGGAAGGACCGGCAGAUCGAGCAGCUGCUGGACCCGGCCCGGGGCCCAGACUUCGUGUGGACUCUGGGGGAGAAGAGGCCGGACGCCGGCUGGAUCAUCAACGGGCUGAAGCAGAGGGUCCUGCGGCUGGAGCAGCAGUGCAAGGACAAGGACAGCACCAUCAGCAAGCUGCAGACGGACAUGAAGACCACCAGCCUGGAGGAGAUGCGGGUUGUCAUGGAGACGUACUACGAGGAGAUCCACCGCCUCCAGACGCUGCUGGCGAACUCGGAGACGCCGGGACGCAAGCCCGUGAUGGAGCGGAAGGCCGGCCUGCGGCGGCAGAGGAAGCUGAGCGGCGCGCUGCUGAGCCUGUCGCGCAGCGUGCAGGAGCUCACCGAGGAGAACCAGAGCCUCAAGGAGGACCUGGACCGCGUGCUCAGCAGCUCGCCCACCGUCGCCCGGACCAAGGGGUGUGCAGAGUGGAGCAAGCCCCGGCUGCUGCGCCGGAUCGCGGAGCUGGAGAAGAAGAUCAGUUCGAUGGAAAGCUCCAAACCGCAGGCCCCGAACGGGGUCUGGUCGGACCCCCUGGCGCUCUCCGCUUCCGGCACGUGGGGGCACCAGCAGCCGUGCCCUGAGCCCCAGGAGGACAGCGAGCGCCCCCAGGACAGCGAGUGCCAGGAGGACAGCGAGCAUCUCCGGGGCGCCCUGCGGAGCCUCAAGGGCGAGCGGAAGGCCCUGCAGGCCCAGCUGCAGGACAGAGACCUGGAGGUGAGGCAGCUGCUCCAGGCCAAGGCCGACCUGGAGGCGGAGCUGGAGGAGCUGCGGCGAGGAGAGGAGGCGAGGCGAGCGCGGGAGGCGGCUCUGAGGGAGGAGAUGGGAGCGCUGACCAGGAGGUGUCAGGACCUGGAGGCAGCCAAGGAGGAAGAGGCAGUCGGCCCCGCCGAGGGGCCCCCUGAGGCCCCGGAGGAGCCCCGGCCGGCGGGAAGUCCUCCUCAACAAGACCCGGAGCCCGGCGCCAGCAAGGACAGCCCGGCCCCGCCCUGCGCCUGCUCGGAGCAGCGGAGGCACGCGGCUGCCAGCACCCUGCAGGCCCGGUGGAAGGCGUACAGGCGCCAGAAGAGAAAGGCCGCGCUGGACGAGGUGAGCGGGUUUGGGCCCAGCUUCCGAGGAGGUGAGCGUGGGGGGGCUCCGGCAGCUCAGUCCUGGUCCCAGGGAAUCCUUCGGAAGACACAGCGAGGCGAGGCGGCCACGGUGCUGCAGGCGGCCUUCCGGGGACACCUGGCUCGGGCGAGGCUCUUGGCGAGCCCAGCGUGUGGUCCCGGACCUCCCCGUGCGCCCGGCCUCCCCAUCCAGAGCCCGCCCUCACCCCGCCCUCCGAGCCCCGUGGUCCAGGCCGAGGGCGACCCCCGGCAGGAGGCGGCCGUCAUCCUCAUCCAGUCGGUCUUCCGGGCACACCUGGCACGGGUCAGGCCCAGUCCCGGGGCGCUCCCUGCCGCCCCCACCAGGACGCCUGCUCCGGCCGCACUCAGCACGCCCUCCUCGCCUGCCCCCGCCGCAGCACCUGCCGGUCAGGAAGACGGCGAAGGGAGCAGCGGGGACGCCGUGGAGGGCCCAGCCCCGCAGUCCUGCCCUGCCGGGUCCCCGCCCGCGCCCGCGCCCUGGGAAGACGCAGACUCGGACGACUCGGACGAGGUCGUCAUGGCUCCAGCUCUGCCCGCCAAGAGAAGCGCCCCCCUGCCCCCCGCCCUGGCCCCCUGCAGGCGCCCCGCACUCGGGGACACGCUGUCGGCGGAGGGCUCGCUCAGGAGGAAGCUGCCGGAGGACGGGCCCUGACCGGCCCACUUUCUCGGGAGAACAGGACCCGCUCUCCCCCGCACCUCCGGCUUCUGUGUGGCUGGUUUGUGGGGCCGGUGCUCGCCUCCCGGGCUGGUGUCUGCAGGGGGGAG